CUCUGAAACUUGCUUCAUUAUUGUAUCCUUGAAAAAUAACUUGGUUGCUCUUAGAGCAGUUUGUGAAUAAGUCAUGGCAACCACUAUGGCCUGCUCCCAUGUAGUUGCAAGACCAGCAGGAUUUUCAAGGACAUUUUCUUCAAGUAGAUCAAGGUUUUUCUCAGGAAGCAGCAGCACACUGUCAUUGGGUAGCAGCCAUGUCUGCAAUACUGCCACCAAAUCCUCUGACUGGAUGCCCGGCCAGCCUCGUCCUCCUUACCUUGAUGGAUCAGCCCCUGGAGAUUUUGGAUUUGACCCCUUGGGUUUAGGUGCCGUUCCAGAGAAUUUGGAACGCUACAAGGAAUCUGAGUUGAUUCAUUGCAGAUGGGCCAUGCUGGCUGUGCCAGGAAUGUUGAUACCUGAAGCACUGGGUCUGGGUAACUGGGUAGAUGCUCAGAAAUGGGCAGCAGAACCAGGUGGCCAAGCAACCUAUUUUGGUGCUCCAGUCCCAUGGGGUACACUCCCCAUUAUUCUUAUUAUCGAGUUCCUUGCAAUUGCUUUUGUUGAGAACCAACGAAAUAUCGAACCUGACCUUGAGAAGAGAAAAUAUCCUGGUGGUGCAUUCGAUCCUCUUGGAUACUCAAAGGAUCCUGCCAAAUUCAAGGAAAUGAAAGUGAAAGAGGUGAAAAAUGGUCGUCUUGCUCUCUUAGCAUUUGUAGGAUUCUGUGUACAAGCCUCAGCUAACCCUGGAACUGGACCUUUGGAGAACCUGGCUACUCAUCUCUCAGACCCAUGGCACAAGAACAUUGCAGAAGUUCUCAUUCCUAGAUCUAUAAUGCCAUAUUGAAUUCAGUAAAGCUGCUAUAUGAGCUUGUGAGCUGAAGUGCCCAACUUUGUACUUUGCUUUGUAUAUGAAUAGAUUGCAGAAUGCUUUUUUCUUAA